AUGAAUAAGAGCCUUGACUUUCUCAGUAUGAUUGAAGACUGUGGGCUCACAGACCUUGGAUACUAUGGACCAAGACAUACACGGUCCAAUAGGAGAGGUCCCUGCUCUAUUGUCUGGAAAAGGCUGGAUAGAGGUCUAGUAAAUGACAAUUGGCUUACCUUCUUCCCUGGCACAACUAUCACACAUCUAGCUUCUGCUGGAUCAGAUCACUCUCCACUGCUUAUGGAGAUGCAUGUGAGACAAGAAACAACAAGGAGAUACUUUAAAUUCCUCAACUACUGGUUUGAAAAUGACACCUGCAUGCCUUUGAUUCUCAGAGUUUGGAGUAUGAAUGUCAAUGGACGUGCAAUGUGGAUCUUCCACCAAAAAUUAAAGGCCGUCACUAAGGCCCUGAGCUUAUGGUCUAAGGAACAAUAUGGGGAUAUCUUCCAAAAUCCUGAAGAGUUUGAACAAAAAGUCAAGGAAUCUGAAGAGAAAUGA